UCAUAAAAGGAAUGUAAUCACUUGUAAGUUUUGUUUCCUAAUAAAUUACUUAAUUUAAAAGGGACCGCAAAACAAUCCCGCAAAAGUAUAUAUAAUGGACUAAAUUAGAUCGGGUUCAACAUUCUAAAAAUAUAAAUCCAUUUCUUACGAAAUUGGAAAUCGUGGAAGUGUCAUGUUGGAAGGAGAAAUUGCGGCGACUUUGAGGAUGAUGUAAAGGUGAUUAAAGAACAGUUAUGUCAUAAAUCUAACAGAAGAAGAGAAACUCGAAGUUUGGAGAGAUAUAUCUGGAUAAGGAAUCGAGACUAGAAGAAAUCGAAGAAGAAAAAAAACCAUGUUGGGAAACUUGUUCUACAAACAUGCACAUUUUUGCGCUAGUCGGCCGUGGGAGGUCAUCCUAUCCACACUGACCCUCUCAGCCUGUCUGGCCUCGGUGGGGAUUUUCACGACCCCUGACAAAGUGUGUGGCUGGAACUACGAGUGUGAGCAGCAUCAGCAAAAGGAGAAUGGCCACAACGACCACAUCUUUCUGCCAAUCAUCAAGCUCUCUGCUGUCCUGUAUACUUACCUCCAGUUCCGAAAUCUUCGACGUUUUGGGACCAAAUAUCUUUUAGGGAUUUCUGGGAUAUUCACGGUGUCUUCCAGCCUUGUGUUCAGCAUUGCCAUCAUCAAAAUGUUUGGAAAUGAUCUCUCAGGAUUAACUGAGGCGCUUCCAUUUUUCCUGCUGCUAAUUGACCUAUCCAAAGCCUGUGCCAUGGCCCGGUUUGCUCUGAAUUCCAAGACUCAGGAGGAAGUCCAGAGAAACAUUGCCCAUGGAAUGUCCAUACACGGCCCAGUCAUGACGCUGGAUGCCAUCUGUGAAGUUCUAGUCAUAGGAGUGGGCACAUUGUCAGAUGUGACUCAUUUAGAGAUGAUGUGUUUCUAUGGCUGUCUGGCUGUCCUGGCCAACUACUUAGCCUUCAUUAUGUUGUAUCCUGCUUGCCUAGCUUUGUUUCUUGAGGUAGCACGUAAAAGGGGAAGAGGGCAGGGGUUGAAGCAUCUACAACAGUUGGCUCAGAUCCUGCAUGAAGAAGAGAAAGAUGUCAGGCCAAACCCAGUCACCCAGAAUGUCAAAAUCAUAAUGUCGGCUGGUCUUUUAAUGGUGCACUUUCACAGCCGAUUUCUUACCAACAAAAAAACCAUGGAUAUGAUGGGACACGACGUGGCUAGCACUCAGUAUAGAGAGCCUGAUGUCUCUCUUUGGUAUUUCUACAUUCAGAGGUUAUUCACCGUCAAGGCUGAUUCCACUUUCACCUUGGCACUUGCUAUAUUCCUGAUUGUCAAGUAUGCUUUCUUUGAUGACAAUUCUAUGGAGCACGAACUUCUGAUGUCUUCCACAACCAGAGAGAACAAAGAGCCUACAGCAACAGCUCCUGCUGUACAUAUCAACAAAGAACAACCACAGAAUGAUACAAAGAAAGAGGAGAAGAAAUGUGAAGUCAAUUUUGUUCUUGGAGAAGACUCCGAUGAUUCGGAGGCGGAGACGUCUUUGGUGCACGUGGAGACACAGACGGACCUGAAUGCUCCCUCCUACUCACCACUGCAGAGGAUUCCUUCACUGAGGCCUCCCAGGAGUACUGAGGAGUGUCUGAAAAUUUUAAACUCGGAGGAAGGUCCCAAGUCUCUGACUGAUGAAGAAAUAUCCAAUCUAGUCAAAAGUAAACACAUUCCCUCCUAUAAGAUAGAGUCAAUGAUUGGAGAUGAGUGCAGAGGUGUCAGAAUCAGGAGAAACAUGUUGACAGAGGAGUUGCCCACCAUAGAUGCUCUGGAUAGUCUGCCCUUUGAGAAUUAUAAAGGAUAUGACUUGGUUAAUGGAGCUUGCUGUGAGAACGUCCUGGGUUACAUGCCGGUCCCUGUGGGUAAGGCUGGUCCCCUCCUACUGGACGGACAGAAGUAUUACAUUCCCAUGGCAACCACAGAGGGCUGCCUGGUAGCUAGCACCAACAGAGGAUGUCGAGCCUUGGAGAUGAGUAAUGGGGUUCGUAGUGCAGUGAUAGGGGAUGGAAUGACAAGGGCACCAGUUGUCCGCAUGCCAAGUGCCAUAGAUGCCAGCGAAUUAAAAAUGUGGAUGGAGGACAAUUUUACUUCAUUAAAGGAAUUAUUUGAUGAAACCAGUCGGUUCGCCAGAUUGAACAAGCUGCAGAUUGCACAAGCAGGUAGACUGUUGUACGUUCGGUUCAUUGCUAGUACUGGAGAUGCGAUGGGAAUGAACAUGCUGUCUAAGGGCUCUGAAAAAGUCAUCCAUCACGUGAAUGAUCUAUUUCCGGAUAUGGAGCUUUUAAGUCUUAGUGGCAACUUCUGCACUGACAAAAAGCCAGCUGCUGUCAAUUGGAUUGAGGGUAGAGGCAAGUCUGUUGUGUGUGAGGCCGUCAUUCCCAGUAAGGUGGUGAAGAACGUUCUCAAAACUUCUGUGUCCGCCCUCGUCGAUCUUAAUGUGAACAAGAAUCUGAUUGGCUCAGCGAUGGCAGGCAGUAUUGGAGGGUUCAAUGCUCAUGCUGCCAAUGUUGUGUCAGCAAUAUUUAUAGCAACUGGACAGGAUCCCGCCCAGUGUGUGGCCAGCAGUAACUGCAUUACUUUGAUGGAAGCCACCGGCCCCACCCAUGAGGACCUUUACAUCAGCUGUACCAUGCCCUGUAUAGAGGUGGGGACAGUGGGGGGAGGCACCAUCCUCCCAGCCCAACAAGCUUGUCUCAAGAUGCUUGGAAUUCAAGGACCGAAUCCCGAGAAUCCUGGACACAAUGCUAAACAGCUGGCCCGGGUCGUGUGUGGGACAGUGUUAGCCGGGGAGCUGUCCCUGAUGGGGGCUCUGGCUGCUGGUCAUCUAGUCAGAAGUCACCUCAAAUACAACAGGUCCAAUAUAUACCUGGCUUCCAACAGAUCCAGUAUGGAGUGCCCUUCGUCCCAGUCACCACUACCCACACACUCCCAGAGUUCCACCCUCAACCCACAGUCAUCCAUCCACAACGUCAAAGUCAAGGACAGUUGAUCAUUGCUCCCAGCUAGGAUUUUACAAUGAAUGAGAAAAGUUGUGUGCCAAAGACCUGCCAUUUGAAAAAAAAACCCACAAAA